CGCGGCCGGCGCGCGCCCCGGGAGCGCGGGAAGGGGGCGGGGCCGCGGCGGGCGCUGGCUGCGGGCCGCGGAGCACCGUUAGGGCGGCUUGGCGCGCAGCGCCCGCCCGGCGCCCGGAGGAGUGGCGAGUCUCCGCCGCCACCGCGCACGUCUCGCUGGUGCCCUGCUGUCAGCCGACUCCAGAGCCGCUGUGAGCGUCGCUGAGCCCCGACGAGGGAAGGAUGGACAGCAAUCUUGUAGCUGGAUUCCCCUAAGAGGAGACGUUCCGAAGCGCUAAAAAGAAAGCAUUUCAAUUUGGAACAUUUAUUUACAGCUGGAAAUGGGGAAUGGACUGUCAGACCAGACUUCUAUCCUGUCCAGCUUGCCUUCAUUUCAGUCCUUCCACAUUGUUAUUCUGGGUUUGGACUGUGCUGGGAAGACAACUGUAUUAUACAGGCUGCAAUUCAAUGAGUUUGUAAAUACCGUACCUACCAAAGGAUUUAACACUGAAAAAAUUAAGGUAACUUUGGGAAAUUCUAAAACAGUCACUUUCCACUUCUGGGAUGUAGGUGGUCAGGAGAAAUUACGGCCACUGUGGAAGUCAUAUACCAGAUGCACAGAUGGCAUUGUGUUUGUCGUGGACUCUGUUGAUGUUGAAAGAAUGGAAGAAGCCAAAACUGAACUUCAUAAAAUAACCAGGAUAUCAGAAAAUCAAGGAGUACCCGUGCUUAUAGUUGCUAACAAACAAGAUUUGAGGAACUCGUUGUCUCUGACAGAAAUUGAGAAAUUGUUAGCAAUGGGUGAACUGAGUUCAUCGACUCCAUGGCAUUUGCAGCCUACCUGUGCAAUCAUAGGAGAUGGACUAAAGGAAGGUCUUGAGAAACUACAUGAUAUGAUAAUUAAAAGAAGAAAAAUGUUGCGGCAGCAAAAGAAGAAAAGAUGAGUGGUGCAACCUUUUACAUCUGUGUCGAGUCGGUUUUCUCUGGUCUGCUUUUGACAAAUGGAAGAAUGUCUACAGCCUGGUUUGCCUGUCUGCCGUUCUGGAUGCUGUUCAAGCUUUGUUUUGUUGAACAAUCAGAUGCCCAACUCUGUUGCCUUGUGGAAGAUGAGUAAACGCACUGCUUCUGAAAAUGGUCUCUUCUCCCCAGCCCACAAAUCUUUUGGUACUACCAUUUUGGGAAGCCGAACAAGGAUAGUUAAAUUGACCUGACAACAGUUGUGGAAAUUGACCUGAAGUUAGUGAAAUAAAACUUUGAAGAGUGUCUGCCUAGUGUUUUGUGCUUAAAUCUUUUGGGGGACGUCUUUGCAAGGAAAUUGCUACAAGGCUCUGUAUGUUAAGAUAAAAUGUUAAUGAAUGGAAAUGUUAUGGUAGAUCAAUAAUAUAUAUUCAGUUACAAUGAUCACAGUGUUUCAACCGAUAAGGGACAAGAAGAAUGUGUUUUUGUUUUUAUUUUUUAAGUUUUGGCCAAAUGAAUUUUGACAGGCUAGAAUAAAACACAAUACUGUACCUCAGUUCUAAAUUGUUGAAGUUGGUCUAAUUUCAUAAAAAUAAGGUGUUUGGAGCAUAUUCAAGUGCAUGGAUUAGUUUCCCUACAAAGCAUGUUUUGGUGUGUAGUCUUACCCGUUUUAGAAAUAGCUAUGCAUCUUUCUACACAAUCAGGUUUAAAACACCUUUGUGGGAUUUUAGGGCUCCUAUAGAAAUAGUUUGUAGUCAGAGGCACUUUCACCUAAAGAACCUAAAAUACUCUUAAAUUAUAUAAUAUAUUUGGGCAUGUAGACUAAUUAUAAAUGCAUAUGCUUGGAUAUAUGUAUGAAUUUAUCAAGAAAGCAAUGGAUGCACUCAGUCAGGGUGUAAUUAUAAUACAUGGUCUAUUCAAUUGUAAAAUAUUUGUUUUAUUAAUAAUCUGGCUGAACACAGAUGCGGUUUUUCAUAUAUUUUUGUAGUGUUUUGAGAGGAACAAAAGCUUUAUAAACAACAUCCGAUGCACUGUGGAAUGGAGAUGUUAGAUACCCUGUAUGUGUUCUGGGCUUUAAUUAUUUUGUUUACAAAUUGAACAGUAUUAUACAGUCCAGUCCUGAUUAUAAGGAAGGAAGAAAUGAGACAGUAUUGCAGAUAAGAAUUACAAUUACAGAAAAUGAAGGGGAAAGUAUCAAAGCUAUGUUUUGUGAAAAUUCACUGGUACUGUUUACAAAGGAAUAAA